CUCCCGCUAUCAAUAUAUUUUCCCGACGGCUUCAACUGAAAAUGCAACAGACACCGUUAGCUUCCGGUGCAGAGCUGGACAUUGGACCCUCAUACGGCAAGCGUAACAUGUUCGACUUCGGCCCGCACAAAGAUGACACACAGUGAAUUAACGGUGCAACAGUGGACCUUGGACCCGAUCACGCGAACUGGAGAAGAAGGAUACCUGGAUCAUCGCCGGCUAUAAAAGGGCAGCGCAGAUCACCCCGUAGUAAUAGAGCUAGAAUUAAAGCGAGUUCGUGUACGCGAGUGCCGGGAUCAAGAUCGCAAAGUCGAGACGCCGAACGACGAGGCUUCUUCGAGGCUGAGACUACAACGCUAAGAUCCAACGGGUGCUAGGUCGUGAAUAAAUCGAAUCGUGGAUGGGCGAAGAGGCAGAACAUAGUUCUACCUGCUAGACCGAUCCCACAACCUCUCUUACGUAGCGAGCGAGCAAUAAGAAUCAGGUCGUUGCAUUAUAUUUUUCUUUAAGUUAAAAGGCAUAUGUAUGUAUAUAUAUAUAUAUUGUUAGCAGUAUAUUGGAAGCUGUAUAGAUCAAGUGGAUAUAAGAUGUGACUAUUUAAUAAUUUAAUAAUAAUAACACUUAUGUUCCAUUCCGAUGUUCCAAUAAUGUAGAAUAAGUAGUAAGGACUAUGUGAAGAUCAGAAUAGGGUAACACUUGAAUUAAGAGAGACAAUUGGAAGCAGACGUGAAAAAGCUAAGCUGAACAGCAAUUAAAUAAAAUAAAAACUCAAGAAUUGAAAUAAAUAAUAUAAACCUGCGUCAACAACUUCAGAAGUGGGAUAGUCCCAUUAAUACAUUCGCCUACAUAGCCAUACCUGAGAGCACACAUUUUUUUUCCGCUUUUAUAAUUACGACGCCAUUCUGAAAUGGACAAGACACAAAUUGGUGAGUGGCUACAAGCCAACGAAAUCGAGUUCCCUGCAAGUGCAACUUUAAGGCAAUUGCGAAAGCUCGCUUUUGAUGCUGGAUACCAAGAAGUGGCUGAAAUCCCAGAAAGCAUAUUAGAGGAGGAGAACUCCAAAAUGGAAGUAUUAAGCCAAGGAGCCGCUACCGAAGGCAUCCAGACAUUGGAAGAAGAAGAAGCACUGCUUGACGCCGCCAUAAGGGUUGCUGAGAAGAAGAAAAUAUUGGCCGGAUUGAUGAAAAACGUCGACAAAACGACAGAUGACCUCCAAAUGGUGAAGCACCUCGUGAGCCCGUUUUCUGCCACUGAAAAUGAGGAAGCCCUUAAGUGGAUUUUGAAUUUUGAGAGAGUCUGCAGAGAUAUCAACACAUGUACAAAUUUUCAACUGCGCUGCGUACGAAUGUUGAUGAAAUCGGGUACAGAUGCCGACUUGUUUGUGAGUGUUGAUCGAUCGAACACUUACGACGAAUUUAAGAUAAAUUUCAUAAAAACAUUCGGUCGUGGAAGCUCAACUGCUGAUAUUGUAUUGCUACUUAAGGAAACCAUGUUCAACCCCGCGAAGAACACCGUUAUGGGAUACAUACUUCUGAUGGAGGAAAUUGCUAUGCGUGUAAAUAUUGACGAAAAAUUGACAGUGCAGUUCGUCAUUGAUGGUUUUCGCGAUCGUUCAGCCAAUAUUGCUAUAUUGUACACAGCAACAACAAUCGCACAAUUGAAGGAAUUGGCUUGGAAGUAUGCCAAUCUAAGGAAGAAGUCACACAAUUUUCCUCAGCGCAUGGAAAAUACUGGAGGAGAUCGGAAAACAGUCCGGUGCUACAAUUGCUCUGCUUAUGGGCACUACGCUUCGUCGUGCACUGCGCCGAAACGCGAGAAGGGAUCUUGUUUCCGUUGUGGAUCCCUCCAACAUAUGCUAAAGGAUUGUCAGCAGAAGCCAGCAAGUGAUCCGAGAGUGGUGGGAGCAGCCAACAACCAGCCGAUACGAGAUGACGAAGAGGAGCCUAAUAUGUUUAUUCCGAUUUUUAACCAGCGCCAUUAAUUUAAUUCAGCACUCUGCGAUUCCUUAUAAAAACUUUAGCAAUAUACUGGUCCCGGCGAAUUACUAUGGAGUUAAUGGAUUUAAAAUUAAAACAUUCGGAAAAAU